UACACGUAUCCAAGGCUUUAGCCGUCGUUGAACGUCUCGAGAAGAGAGAAUACGAACUGAACCAAAGCGACGUGUUCUGUACAUCAUGAAACUUUUUGCCGAUUAUGGAUUUUUCGAGAAGUCGGCGGAUUUUGAAAAAUGUUGGUACGACGACGAGAAGUUCAUGGAAGAGGAGAAAAGACGUAAAAUGAUAAGUCCGAGUCUGGCGCUUGACGACCUGAUUCAAUUGCGACCCUAGGAGGCUCAAGAACAAAUCAGAUGCACGAGCUACUUUCAGUUCAUGCCCAAAUGGACCAAGUUCAUGAUCCCAGAGACAUGUGCUGUGCAUCUUAGCGAGAUAACGUAAAGAGGAUCUUUCCGUCGCUGGAUAUUCUUUCUGGGAAUUGAUACACCAUCAGCUUCCAAUUGAAAUAUGUCAAAUGAUCAUCGAUCGGUUAAUGAACCAAGAUCUAUAUCAUAUUUACUUGGCGACUACAAGACGAAAUCAUGACGACGGUACAAAAAAUGUACAGUGUCGAGAGGACUAGAAAAAUGGCAGCAGACGACAACGACUGUAGGCGUCGCGACUACUCGGUUCUCGGCUAUGCGGGGCUUUGCGGCUGGGCUCGCCAGCCCAAGAGAUUCGGCUGAGCACACGAGAUAGCGCCGCGGAGUGAUCUGCCGAGGUGUAUAUUUACAACUGCUUGGUCAUCCGUUCGACGCCGAUCGCUUCGACCAGAUAGAAGCGCGAGAUAUUGGAAAGGCUUCAUAAAUAUCCGUCGAGCUUGAUAGACUCGCUGCGCAAAACAAGGAUAUACAAGGAGGAGCGCAGCCGAUCAGUCGUCCGCUUGAAUCGACGGAGCAGCAGCAGCGAGCUUGGCUUGAAAAAUGGGCUCCCUGCCAAAUUUGCACGAGUUAUCGCGCGAGAAAUUAUCCAGCCCGGUGCACAGGCCAGCGCCACUGUGCGGCUACGGCCCGAUAAGACUACCAGCUCAGCCUCAGCCUCUGGCGCACUCGCAGAAAAGGGCGCGCAGCAGCGGACAUCAUCAUCACGCCGGUCAGAUCUGCGAUCACGACGCCAUGCUCGAGCACAUGGCGACGUACUCGCCGAUCUCGUGUCGCUCGGCCCGGGCGUCGGCCCUGUCGUGGCGUCGGCGCGACUCCAUGUCUUCGUCGCAGGGCGCCUCGUCGGUGCGACGCCUCAUCACGGCAGUGCGCAACGCCCCGGCGGGCCCGAGGCCGCCCAAGAAGGCCGUGCUGCGCCACUGCACGGCGGUGCUGCUGGGCCACGCGAGCUGGAGCGCCGCCACGAUGCCGCUGCUGCCGCUCCAAGCCGGCCUCGGGGCCUUCGAGCCGAGAUUCGGCCCGGUGCUGCUGGCCCUCAUGUUCGCCGUGGCCAGCCUGGCCAGCUGCUUCUCGCCCCUCGUCAUCAACAAGCUCGGCACGAAUCUCAGCUUGAUACUGGGCCAUCUCAUCACCAUCGCUUUCGUGGCGGUUCACAUUUUUCCCAGAUGGUAUCUGCUGCUGCCGACUUACACGCUGAUGGGCCUGUGGCUGAGCCCGAGCUUCCUGUCGAGGGUGUCGCACGUCAACGUCUCGGCGACGAAUCUCGGCCUCGUCUGCUCCGACAUCGAGGACCCGGACGAGACGAGGCGCGACUGCAUACUCAGGCGGCUGAAUCGCGGCAUCAAGCUGGCCGAGGAUCUUGGACUCGCGUUCGGUUGUUUGGUAGCAUGGGCCCUGCUGAAGAUAACCGCAGUGCCGGGGCAUCCUGGUUACAGCAGCACCGGAAGCAGCUACAGCGUGUCGAGCGAGAUAAAAAUCGAAGAGACGUGCGGGGCUGCUUACUGCCUGGAAGACACGUCCUAUUACCCGGACAUCGAAGUCGACGAAGUCAAUCAGACGUUUUACGAGGACACGUCGACCAUCGUGAUGCCCGAGCAAGCCUCGCGCAUGAUCGUGAGCGUCUGGCUGGGUUUGGCCGUGCUGGCCUUCGGCAUAUCUUGCGCCUUCCUCGACGGCCGCAUGAAGGAGCCUCAGCACUCGAGCCAUCAGGGAGGCCACCAGGAGGCUUCAACGGGCCAGUGCCUCUUGAAAAUCGUCAAGGUGGCUUUUCAGGACCCUAAAAUGCAACUGGCGGCCCCGCUUACACUUUUCAUCGGUCUCGAGCAGGGUUUUAUUUAUGCUGAUUUUACCGAGGCUUACGUAGUGUGUGCUCUCGGAGGCGCCGGAACAGUGGCUCUAAGCUUCCUGAGUCUCGGCUUAUUGCAAGCUCUAGCCGGGGCUACCCUCUCUAUGCUGAUGAAACACAUCAGGCGAUACUUUGUCAUCGCCGUGGGACUGGCGUUCCAUUCCUGCCUACUGCUAGCCCUCAACGCUUGGAGACCAGCCAGCGACGAUCCUGCGCUAUUCCACGUCAUAUCCGCAGCCUGGGGCGUCUGCAACGCCAUUUGGGAGACUCUGGUCUACACUCUACUGCUGGGUCUGCACGGGAACGCGUGGCAAGGGCCCCUGGCGACGUCGCUGUUCUGGCGCUGGCUGGGCCUCAGUCUGGCCCUGGGCCUCCACGGCCUCGUGUGCACCCGGGUGCGCGUCCUCGGGCUCGCGGCGAUGCUCGUCCUGUCCGUGAUCCCGUACGCCUGGCUAGAGAUCCGACUGGCCAAGCGCGGCAAGUGCCUGGCCCCCUUGUGACCGAGCUGCGCGACGACGACGACGAGCGCCUCGACGCCGCCCGGCCUCGGCAUCGUCACCGGCGCCAAGCGCAUCGGCGAGCUGACGCGCCAGCAGCGCCGACUCCAGCGCAGGAAGGGCUCGCACGCCGACUGAGCCGGGCUCGUUCCGUCCACGGCAGCGGGAGCAUCAGCAGCAGCGGGAGUAACGGCGACGAGGUCCUGCGCCCUGGGCCAGCAUCACCAUCAUCAUCAGCAGCAUCAGCAGCAGCGGGUCAGCUGGAGCCACGACGACGUGCACCGGGUCUUCGUCUGUCGCACGGCCACCGACCGGCGGGACAGCUGCGCGAGGCCGACGACGCUCAACACGACCCCCGAGAGGAGGAACAGCCGAGCGACCGUCAAUUGCCAGCAGCAGCCGAGCGGCACCCCUGAGAGGAGAAACAGCAGGGCGCCGAGCGUCUCCUACACCGUCUCGAGGAACGCCUCGACCGAGAACAAGGACGGCUCGAACAGUGCCGUCGCCGCCGUUGCACUCGCUAACCCAGCAGCUAAUCCUCAGAAACGCUCGUCCUCCUGAGUUAUGGACAUUUUAAGCCACUAUUAUUGACUUUUUCCUUGCUUUAUCCCCCUAUUAUCUACUUGUCCAAUCCACAUUACUUUGUUUCGCCCUUAUCGCUUGGCCAUUCACCACGCGUAUGAUUUACAUUUUACCUUUCGCAUCGACAUCAUAAACAUACACAGUUUUACUGUAUACGCAAAUAAUUCUUUUCCCCGAUCAAACAGUUGCUUUUUCUCAAAAAAAAAAACAUGAAGAACUAAGCUACGGCUGGUUUAAUUAAAAAUGUUAACGUUAAUGAGCAUUUCCUGUGCUUUAUUUCCUACCUUUUUGUGGGAGCGAAUCGAGAUUAAGCUUAUGUUGCAUCCUCGCAGCUGGAUGGAACGUUUUAGCUUCGUGCUUGAACAAACAUGGAAAUUCUAAAGUUCACAUCGAUCGUCAUAAUUACUUGUAAUCGACGAGAAAAAAGUAAACAUUUACAAGCGUAACAAUAUAUUUGUUGUUACCUACCGAAUGAACAAAAAAUAAAUAAAACUCAUAUAUUAUAUAUUAUAUGUACAUAUAAACAUAGUGGAAACUAUAUAUUCAUAGAUAUAAAUUUUGAAAAUAUUUUGCAUAUGCCAUAAAAGUUUAAAAUUCACAAAGACGUUGUAUGAAAUUACUUUGAUUCCAACAAUCAGUUCUUGUACAAAGAAUUCGAAAAACGAAUUUCACAUAAUUAUAUAUGCCAAAUGUUUAAUGAGACUGUUUAUGCAUUUGCAUGGUUUAUUAAGAUUUAUCAUAAAUAUAAAAAAACAUAUUAUAUAUUUAAAGUUGCGUAAAAUACGAUAUAAAUUAUGUCCGUUUUUUUUUUUAAAUAAAAACAAUGAUUUGUGUUCAGCACCAAGUACGCUAUUUAUCGGUUCUUUCAAAUCGUGUUUACAUAUAAGUAAUGGAAUGUAACUCAAAACUAUUCGAUGUUUAUUUAUGAAAAUUUUAACUGCAUUUUUUACAUGGUUUUGUAUGUCUAUGGAUUCUAGAUUUGUGUAAGUUGAUUAUAAAAUUUUUAUAGAUUUGUAGUUGAAAUUUGUCAUAGUUUUUAUAAAUAAAAUCUGACUUUGCUGCGAAAACUAUGUUUUGUGAAUUUUAUCAAAAAACGCUUGUUUCUAUUAAUCUGUGAAAAUUUACAUACCAGUUGCCAUGAUUAUUUAUUUUAUAAGUGCCAAAGUUGUACUCUGAAAUAUUUGAAAAAUAAAUAAUGAAAAAAUUUCAAAAUCAAUUGAUGUGUCUGUUGUGUAUAUUAUAUGAAUAUUAAUAAAAUGUCAUAUCACGAUGAAAAUAUCUGAGGUAAAGUUUUAUCGAAUAAGAAAGUUACUAUACAAUCCACAUUGAAAUUACAAGAAAUUAUAAUCAUUGCCAAACAUUUCAAACCUGUGCCUAAUAAACGUCAAAGUCUCAUUAAUGGUAAAUAUUCAGUAAUGGAAUCACAUUAAAAUAGUAGAAUUUACUUUAUUCAGUUUUAAUUAAAAUUUCGAACAAAUUUUUGAACGUGCGAAUAAAAAAAUUAAAAUCACAAAUUAAAUUAAUUUCGA